AUGGCGUCCCAACUCUCCAAAUAUGUCAUUAUGAUUGACAACUACGACUCCUUCACCUGGAACAUCUACGAGUACUUGUGCCAGGAGGGUGCGCGCGUGGACGUGUUCCGUAACGACGCUAUCACACUCGCAGAGAUCGAGGCCAAGAAGCCAGACAUGCUCUUGAUCUCACCCGGGCCCGGGCAUCCGAAGACAGACUCCGGGAUCUCUCGCGACGCUAUUGACCACUUCAAGGGCAAGAUGCCAAUCUUCGGAGUGUGUAUGGGCCAACAGUGUAUGUUUGAGGUCUUUGGCGGCGAGGUUGCGUACGCAGGCGAAAUCGUGCACGGCAAGACGUCACCAAUCACCCACGACGGCAAGGGAAUCUUCAGUCAGGUGCCACAAGGCAUCGCCAUCACCAGAUAUCAUUCCUUGGCCGGUACCGAGACCUCCCUCCCGGAGUGCUUGGAAGUGUCGGCACAGACGGCCAACGGGAUCAUCAUGGGAGUCAGACACAAGAAGUACACGAUUGAGGGUGUGCAGUUCCACCCGGAGUCCAUCUUAACCGAGUCCGGCCACUUGAUGAUCAGAAACAUGUUGGCCAUCACCGGGGGAACCUGGAAGGAGUAUGGCCGCUUGGAGUCGGAGGCCGACGCCUCGGCUCCGCUGCAGAAAAAGUCCAUUUUGGACACCAUAUACGACCAACGCAAGCUCGACGUCGCCGCGACGCAGCGGUUGCCGGGCCAGUCCUUUGAGCAGUUGACCAAAACCCUCAGCCUAGGCAUUGCCCCGCCACAGAUUGACUUCUACCAGAGAUUGCUCGCGGGCAAGCAGGACAACAAGUUGGCGUUGGCGGCCGAAAUCAAGCGAGCCUCACCAUCCAAGGGUGACAUCGACAUCGAUGUCAACGCGGCUGAGCAGGCUAUCAGGUACGCGCGUGCGGGCGCGUCAGCCAUCUCUGUGUUGACUGAGCCACACUACUUCAAGGGCUCCUUGGGCGACCUCAAGUUGGCCAGACAGGCAGUGGGGUUGUUGGAGAACCGGCCAGCGAUCUUGCGCAAGGAGUUUAUCUUCAGUAAGUACCAGAUCGCGGAGGCCAGGUUAGCGGGCGCCGACACUGUGUUAUUGAUCUGCAAGAUGCUCUCCGGCGCCGAGCUCCUGGCGUUGUACGCGUACUCCAAGUCGUUGGGUAUGGAGCCGUUGGUGGAGGUGAACUCGUUGGAAGAGUUGAACAACGCGGUGAAGUUGACUGGUUGUAAGGUGAUUGGAGUGAAUAACCGAGACCUACACUCAUUCGAGGUGGAUUUGAAUACGACGUCGAAAUUGGCUGGUUGUGUUGGUGACGACGUCAUUUUGUUGGCGUUGUCCGGGGUCUUUUCCAGCAAGGAUGCGAGAAAAUACAAGGGAGAAGGCGUUUCCGGGGUGUUGGUCGGCGAGGCUUUAAUGAGAGCGGGUGAAGGGGUGGAAGAGUUUGCGAGGUCAUUGAUUAACGCCUAG